ACAGGUAUUUUAUGGUGACGUCAGCAAGGUAGAGUGGCGCGCGGCGGCUGCCACUAUGGUCUGGACAAGCGAGAACAUUUGCUCGAGACCGUGAAGACACUUCCUGAGCUUCGGUAAACGAUUUUAUCUGUAAAAGAGCAAGUUAGGCGGGUUUGAAACAACAUUAUAGCUCAAGGCCGACGUGUUCAGCCCAUGUAAACACUGAGACUGUCAGUGGGGGAGAGUGAGCUGUCAUUCACUGGAUCCACCCCAGCCAAAGGACAACAGUGAACUAUACUGACAGAUUUAAACAGGGCACCUGCUGCACCUUUUUAUGAUGACUACUCGAGGUAAAAGUGAAGGCUGCCGCAUUUGUGGGAGUGACCUGCAAGGUAACCAGCGGCGAUGGCUGUAUACAGGUCAGAACAGAAAGGGGGCACAACCUCAGACGCCGACAGACUUUUCUAUCAAGGGAAGCUUGCCCAGAUCGGCACAAAGCAGCCCAUGGGGCAGCACUAUAUCACUAAGUUCCUCUCGUUCGCUAUCGAAGUCUCGUGGCCUGCUCACCCCCACGAAAGGAAUCGACCUGCUCUGUGUGCUGACACAUAUAUUAGAGCAGUCUGUACCACGUGGGGAUGGUCAGGGGGAGUUUUUAUGUGGCAAGUGUGUGUCCGUUUUGGAGCGAGUUUUCAAGUUCGACACCGUCAUUGCCAGAGUCCGAGCGCUGUCGAGUGAGAGACUCCAGAAACUCUCUCAGGAAAGGGACAAGAUCAGACGAUGGGUGCGAAGCAUGUAUGAUCAGCGCCACUCAUCUACUUCCAGGAGAAAUGGUAGUUCCAGUGAGGAUGAAGGGGAACGGAAGGAUUAUGUAGGGGAAGGAUAUCGAGAAAUGCUGAGGGACAACAUGGCCCUCUCUGAGUACGAAUGGUGGUCCGAGAAAGCGGAGUCAUGUCCGUAUUACAAGAGAACAGGGAAGCGGUGUCAGAAAGGCAAGAUGUGUGAGUGUUGCGACUCCUUGAGGGUGUCCGACUCGGACUAUGAGUCCGUUUGUGGAAUUCCACGUCACUUGCCCGAUCAAGCUUUCACCUCAUUGGGCCUCUCUCGAGAAAAGUCUUGCAGCAUGCCUCUUCAUUGGUCGAAAGUGCCGUCUGUGAGAUCCAGCCCCGCCUCUCUGUCCAGCUCCUGUCAUUCUUUGAGAUCUCGAUCCCGCACUGCCUCUGUUCAGUCGCUGGACUCUUUAGACGGCAAUGAUCCAUUUGAUUGGCCAGAAGAGCAUUCGGCCAUUAUAGACACAGUUUUCAAAGAGUUAAAGAGAAUUGAGGCAAAGCCAGUGAGGUCACCGGCUGGAAGUCGCAUUCCUGUGUUGGGAAGAGGGGACCUGCAGAAUGGGAAGGAUGAGGUGGGGCUGAAAGCAGGGUUAGUGAGGGUCCUGAAUUUUGGAGAGGGCAACAAUGGGACGGAUGAUGAAUUUGAAGAAGAGAACAAUGACAUCCUGACUGAGCUAAAAGACGACUUUAUGCCUUUGCAAAGACAGGCGUCCAAAGGUAGGGUGCACCUUGCUGUGAAGCAGUUGCGUGAACAACUCGUUCAAGCUCAUGCUCGCAUCAGAACUCUUGAGGCACAGCUAAGGGAUAGCAACAAACCAACAACCGAUGCUCCUGCCAAGCAGUUGAAGUCUCCACAAGUGACCAGUCUGAAAAAUAAAAAUGACCUCAUAGAGAGCCUCAGCCAAUCACUGCACAGCAGAGAGAAUGUAAUCCAGGAAUGUGUGACUUUGAUCCGGAAGCUGUGUGCGGAGCAGGGGCUGGAAUCACAGGACACUGACAAACUCAUCAAAAAAGUGGCCAGCGCAGUGACUGAUACACGCACUGAACGUGAGGUGAUUCUGGAGGCCCAGCUGUCUGAGGUGAGCGAAAAAGAGAAAGCUCUGGAGAAACAGCUGCAGGCCAUGAGAGACGCUGGCAGAGAGAGAGACAGAGACUUCAUCACACUCAACACUGUGCUCCAGUGUAACCAGGAUGUUAUUAACCACCUACGUGUAGAGCUUGCGGAGAGGGAUCGAGCCCAACAGGAAAUUAUGAAAGAAAGGGAAAUGUGGAACUCGAGAGAUUCAGCUUUGACUGCACUGGUGAAGGAGAACAAAGACUAUAUCUCCCAGCUAAAAGAGGUGCUGGAGAGUUCACGCAGAGAUGUGCAGGCACUCUCAGACUCACUGAUUGGACGGGGAUUGGAAGGGGGCGAAGCUGAGGCUGGAUUGGUCAAUCAGCUGCGAGAGAAAGAAGCUCUGCUGGCAGCAAGCUUAAGAGAUAGAGAGGAGUUCAGCGCCACCAUGCUGCAGGAGAUCUCAAGCCUCUCCUCGGCCUUAACUGAUGCUGAAAGCAUCAUACUGGACCAAAGAGAAAAUCACAAACAAACCAUCAUUGCACUAUCAGAGCAACUCAAGGACACACUCAAGGAGCUGAGAGAGAAAACCAAGGAGAAAAAGGAGGCUGAACUAGGCUGGAAGAAAGAAAAUAAAGAGAGAGCUUUUGAGGAAGGAAAACUAAGAGACAAUCUUCAGAAGAGGGAUAAACUCAUAGAGCAAGUUCUUCUGGAGUUAGAGGAGCGUGACGGUGUGUUAACAGAGCUACAGCAAAACAUCUCUAGCAGACUUGGACCCAAAAUAGCCCUCAAACACACACUGUGAGUGUGUGAUUAAACACAUAAUGUGAGUUUAAUAAUGUUCUAUAUACUGAACUUGAUAACUGCUCAAUAUAUUGUUAAUGGCACUACUUUCAUUGUGCAAUCUAAAACAAUAGCUCAGCUUCUAAUAAAGUUAAUUCUUUUAAAACAGUAAUUCUCUAUUUCCCUUAAAACUGAAAGGAAAUCAAGACAUGUUCAGCCAGAUUCUUCAAAACUGAACUUUUGAGAAAGUUGAGUGUAUGUUAUGAAAUGUUUUUUGUUGUUUAAAUUAAUUUAUGACUGGGCCAUUACAUGUUGCUUUAGUAAUUUAGAUUGAACUCAGACAUAAAAUGUUGAUUACUUCCCACACUUCCAGAUUGUGGUUCCAAGAUUUACAUGGUUGCACACACACACACACACAUGGUUUUCAGCACACACUUUGCUUAUUAAUAAUUAUUUUCAUAUACCACAAUCCUGGCAUUAUUAUUAUUAAAUGUUUAAAUUGUUUUUUUAUUAAUUAUGUAUGGAUACGUUGAACGCUGCUUUUCUUGUUACUGUUUGAUUUGUCUUUCCCCAACGUAAUUUUCCAUGUGAUCUUAUAUUUGUUCUUUAUUUAUAAAUGUUUAAUUUGUUUUGGAUUAUGGUACAAACUGGGAUAUGCUAGUGUAGAGAAAACUUGUGCACAAUAGAAGGAUUUACAAGUCUCUCUGGAAAGAACAUGUUUUAAUCUGCUUAUUUUAUCUGAGUAUGCUGAAAUCCCCAUGACUUGGUGCAUACCUCAUAAGUCACAUUUAAAAUGAAGCCUCAAGUUUGUGUGGGUUUUCUAAAGGUUUUGUUGGAGCUUUUCUUUUAUGUCUGAAAUAUUAAAGGUUCUUCCUUUUUGUCUGAUCA